GGUCAGCGGUUACUCCUUCAUUUCAAAGUUUGUCGUCUCUUUCACUUUUCUUUCCCUUAAAAACCCUCAAUUUUUCCGACAAAGAAUUUAAAAGAAUGCCCUACAAGCUAAGCAGUGUAUUAAGAGGGCAUGAACUAGAUGUUCGUGCCGUCUUUCCUGGUGUAUUCCCAGAAGGAUCAAUUCUCUCUGCGUCUAGAGAUCGUACAACCCGUGUCUGGGUUACUGAAGAUGGAGGACGGACUUACAGCGAGGGCCAUGCUUUCGCGGGUCAUAAAAACUUUAUUUCCUCCGUUUGUGCCAUGGCUCCAACAGAAAACUAUCCCCAUGGUUUGAUUGCUACUGGUGGACAUGACAAUGUGAUUCUCGUUUGGACACUCGAUUCUGUUGAGCCCAUCUACAGCCUCACUGGUCACACCGACACCGUGUGCUCGCUUGUCGCAGGGAAAUUUGGAACUCUGUUAUCAGGGUCGUGGGACAAGACUGCUAAGGUGUGGCUUGGUCCCAAAUGUGUUAUGACCCUAGAGGGACACGACGCAGCCGUCUGGGCCGUCCUUUUAAUGCCUGACCAUGGACUCAUGCUAACAGGUUCUGCUGACAAAACAAUUAAGCUGUGGAAGGCGGGGUCAUGCCAGUCGACUUUCACGGGUCAUACAGACUGUGUCAGAGGACUCGCUGUUAUAUCACCUGUGGAGUUCAUCUCUUGUUCAAAUGACUGUACCAUCAGACGAUGGAUGACUACUGGUGAAUGCCUACAAGUUUAUGCAGGACAUGAGAACUUCAUUUACAGUAUUGCUGCAUUGUCUGGAGGUGGAUUUGCGUCAGUUGGAGAAGACAGAACUUUACGAGUAUGGAAAGGUGACUCCAGUCCACAAGUCAUCACACUACCAGCAACCUCCAUCUGGGCUGUCACCUGCCUGUCAAAUGGCGACAUUGUCACUGGAGCAAGUGAUGGUGUUCUGCGUGUGUUCUCAUGCCAAGAAGAGAGGUUUGCUUCACCUGAAGAGAUCAAGAUCUUUGAAGAUGAAGUCGCAAGUCAAACAAUCCCUGCACAGGCUAGUGGUCAGAUAGGAGACAUCAAGAUGGACCAGCUCCCUGGACCAGAGGCCCUUCUUAGACCAGGCAAGCGAAGUGGUCAAACAAUUAUGGUCAGGCGAGGGCAGACAGUAGAAUGUCACCAGUGGAAUGACAUAGAGGGGAAAUGGGACAAGAUUGGAGAGGUAGUAGGUGCACCUGGCAGUGAAGGCACGGCAGCAUCAAGCUCCAACAAGACGAUGUACAAGGGAAAGGAGUAUGAUUAUGUCUUUAGUGUUGAGAUCCAGGAGGGGAAACCGCCACUCAAACUUCCGUACAAUGUUACAGAUGACCCUUGGGUGGCAGCGCAUAAUUUUCUGGAAGCCAAUGAUUUGAGUCAAAUGUUUCUAGACCAAGUUGUCAGCUUUAUCCAGAAGAACACAGCAAAUGUAACUAUUGGACCACCAGGCAGUGCAUGUGACCCAUUUACUGGCAGCUCAAGAUAUGUACCAGGUUCCACUCCAUCACACUCGAGCCUCAGCAACCAGCCUUCGAACACGGGUGGCGGAGCUGUUGACCCCUUUACAGGUGGGGGAAGCUAUCGGCCAUCGUAUGGAUCUGCUGGGCCUCCCAUCGUGAGCGCUAAUAUAGGCGGGGCAGCGGACCCGUUUACUGGGGGGAGCAGUUAUCGCCCGGCAGGUCAGCCCCCCACAGGGAACCCAUUCUUCCCCAAGAUGGACUUCGUGACGUUUGGAAACGCCAACACAAGUGGGAUUUGGGGCAAGAUAAGCGAGAUCAAUGAGAAGCUAAAUACGGAAGAAAAACUCGUCCAAGAAGAGAUGCAACACCUUAAUGAUAUACUGCUUGUAGCUGCGGACCCUGCACGUGCCUCGACCCAGUCCCUUUCCGAGAAGCAGCUCCUUGCCCUCAACAGAGCCCGCCAGUGGCCAGCGGACUCGCUAUUCCCAGUCCUCGAUAUCGUGCGGCUUGUAGUUCGACACCAGUCUCUAGCGGCCAAUGUUUCCGGCCCAGACCUUGUGGAACAACUCUUGAUGAUUUCCGGACGUGAUGGCCUUACCGCGAAUGUUCUCCUGUCGUUCAGGAUAUUUGCCAACCUGUUUAGCUCAGCUGACGGGAAGGCAGUUAUUUUACAAUACAGAGAGAAGAUCAUAGAGCGCUUGAUGUCGUGGCUGGACUGCGCUAAUAAGAACGUCCACAUCUCUAUUUGUACAGUGUUUCUAAAUUUUUCAGUGGCUUAUCGUAAGGAGCCUGACUUCGAGUCACAGAUGACCUGCCUUUCCGAGCUAGGAACUAUAUUGAAUUUUAAGAUUGAUAACGAGGCCCUAUUCAGAGCGCUGGUGGCUGUCGGCAACAUUGUAUACGGUAACAAAGAAGCCGUUGAAUGCGCUGAGAAACUAGCAACAUCUGACGCGAUCAAAUCGUUAACCGGAGUCUCAGACCCAGCAAAGGUUGGCGAAUGUGCAACGCGUGUACUGGAAGUGCUAAGUAGAUGACCCCAUACCCAAGCCAAUCAGUUGACCCCAUUCCACAUCCAAUCAGAUGGCCCCAUACCCCAGCCAAUCAGAUGACCCCAUACCCUAGCCAAUCAGAUGACCCAUACCCUAGCCAAUCAGAUGACCCCAUACCCCAGCCAAUCAGAGAACACGGGCAUUAUCGCGACAAAGAAUUGUCUGGAAACAGCCAAUUACUGGACAGAAUAACCACGACAGCCAAUCAGGAAAGGAUUACGUCACACGGCGGGGUGUACUUGACGGAAAAGAGAAAGUGCUCAAUGAAUUGUAAGGGUUACGGCUAUUGACACGGCGGGGUGUACUUGACGGAAAAAGAAAGUACUCAAUGAAUUGUAAGGGUUACGGCUAUUGACACGGCGGGGUGUACUUGACGGAAAAGAGAAAGUGCUCAAUGAAUUGUAAGGGUUACGGCUAUUGACACGGCGGGGUGUACUUGAC